AUGCAGGCGCGCUAUCAUCCUUUGCUUCAAUGGCGCCGAUCCACUGCCGUAAUAGCUGCCACCACUUCACUUCUGCUCAUAUCUGCAGCAUUCCUUCUCUAUUCGCGACAUAGCAAUAUUGAUAUUAGUCCUUUCCCCAAUGCUCCGUCUCCAUCUUCCAGUAGCAGCAGUGGUUGCCAUGUGGAUCUUGACUUGCUGAGAACGCACGCUUCCAAUUCCUCCGCGGAAUAUGCUAGAUUGGAGAUAUCUGUUGUGCAAACCAAGAACUUUACUGGUUUCUCGGAUUCACUCGAUGUACCAAUUCCCACGUAUCGGACGGUCCAACUGGAUACAAAGAAUCAUACAGAGCUACUGCCAGAAGAGAGAUGUGCUACAUCGGUGACAAUACAUGCUCCCGUGAUGGCUCCACGCCCCAAUGCAUCACACAUGAUAUUUGGCGUCGCAACGUCUACAGCGAGAUUGUAUGAUUCUCUGGAUGCUUUCGCACACUGGGCGGGAGGAACAAAUGCACACAUUGUAGCCGUGGUUGAUGAUGAAGGCUCGGUGAAGCAGUCUCAAAAACGGGCAAAGGAACUGGAUAUUCGCCUCACCGUUAUCCAAAACUCGGAUGAUUUGCUGGAUCGGUACUUUUCCUUGCUCCGGACCCUUUUUGAGCGCAAGGAUGAGCUUACCAAGUGGAUUGUCUUAAUCGACGAUGAUACUUUCUUUCCUUCAAUGGAGAAUCUCGUGCAACGGUUGGCGACGUAUGAUCCGACGGAGCCGCAGUAUAUAGGGGCACUCACCGAGGAUAUCGCACAGAUGUAUUUUGGGAGCCAUAUGGCGUACGGCGGUGCUGGGAUAUUUCUCUCCAUUCCCCUUGUUCAACAACUCAAUGCUGUUUUUCGCAAUUGCUAUGACUAUAAGGGCGCCGGUGAUCGAAUGAUCGCGCGGUGUAUUUACAGCCAAACUACCGUGAAACUCAAGUGGGAACAUGGCCUCCAUCAGUUAGACCUUCGGGGCGAUGCGUCUGGGUUCUACGAGUCAGGCCGUCCAUUGCCGCUCUCUUUGCAUCAUUGGAAAUCCUGGUUCCACGCCGACAUGGUUGCUCUCAGCAAGGUGGCUGCCAUCUGCGGUGAAGCCUGUUUGCUUCGACGUUGGCAGUUGUCAGACGAUUGGUAUCUGAUAAAUGGCUUUUCCGUUGUCAAAUACUCGCUACCCUUGCAGGAUUCGGUUUCCAUGGAGCAGACCUGGGAUAACAGUAAAUACAAGGGCCCGGAUCCAUUUGAGUAUAGUCUGGGCCCGUUGCGUAGCAAGGACGAGGGCAAGGUCUCCUUCCGAUUGAAGGAAGCAAUUGCAGAGACAGACAGGGUUCGCCAGAUAUAUGUUCGAGAGCGAGAGAAGCCUCAAGUUAUAGAGGUGAUUUGGAAACUUAGACAUUGA